AUGGGCAUUCUCACACUUGCUGAGGAUCGGCCAACGCCCAAGUCCGUUUACAACUGGCGUGUAUAUGCACUCGCCGUCAUUGCAUCAUGUGGUUCCAACAUGAUCGGCUAUACCAGUGCCUUCAUCGGUACAACUAUCACACUCUCCUCCUUCAUGAAGGAAUUCGGCCUCGACGAGAUGUCUUCCACACAAAGGAGUCUGAUUAGCGAGAACAUCGUCUCACUUUUCAUUGCUGGUGCCUUUUUCGGUGCCCUGGGAACAUAUGCCCUAGGCCACUUCAUCGGCCGAAAAUGGAGUUUGGCUGUUGCUGCCACGGUAUUCUUUCUCGGAGCUGGACUACAACUCGGUGCUAACAGUGCCCGGGGGCUGGGUAUCCUCUACGCUGGUCGUGUGCUGUCCGGUUUGGGUACCGGUGUAGCCUCGAAUAUCAUUCCCAUAUAUCUUUCCGAACUAGCGCCCCCUGCAAUCCGAGGACGGCUCGUCGGUCUAUAUGAGCUUGGCUGGCAGAUAGGCGGAAUGUUAGGGUUUUGGAUUAAUUAUGGUGUUGAGCAACACAUGCCUGAAGUCCACGAGCAAUGGAUCAUUCCCUUUGCUAUCCAGCUCGUCCCCUCCGGUCUGCUUUUCAUAGGUGCCUUGUGGAUCAAAGAAUCUCCUCGUUGGCUGUUUCUCAAGGACCGUCGCCGCGAAGCGAUGAAAAAUCUUUGCUGGAUCCGCCAAUUGGAGGCCGAUGACAUGUACAUCACCGAAGAGGUAGCUGCGAUCGAUCAGGCUCUUGAGCAUCAGAAGACUUCCAUCGGUAUUGGCUUCUGGAAGCCCUUCCAGGCUCUCGCUACUAACAAGAGCGUCAUGUACCGUCUUAUGCUGGGCUGCAUGCUCUUCUUCUGGCAAAACGGCUCCGGGAUCAAUGCCAUCAACUAUUACUCCCCUACCAUUUUCAAAUCGAUCGGUGUCGACCCGAAUACCGUUAACCUGAUGACCGGUAUCUUCGGUGUCAUUAAGGCGGUUAUGACCUUCGUGUGGCUCCUGUUCCUGGUCGACCAAUUCGGAAGGCGCAAUCUGCUCCUUGUUGGUGCUGUGACUGGAUCGAUCUGUAUGUGGGUCAUCGGUGCCUAUAUCUGUGUUGUCAAGCCCGAAGAUAAUGUCGCCACGUCUCUGAACGGCGGAGGCAUUGCGGCCAUAUUCUUCUUCUACCUGUGGACUGCGGUUUACACCCCUACCUGGAAUGGUACCCCUUGGGUUAUCAAUUCCGAAUUCUUCGACCCCAACUUCCGUUCCCUGGCUCAGGCUGCCACGACUGCGAGCAACUGGCUCUUUAAUUUCCUCGUCUCUCGCUUCACCGAACAGAUGUUCGCCACGAUGCACUACGGCGUGUACUUCUUCUUCGCUUCACUGUCAUUCCUGGCAUUCUUCUUCGCGUUUUUCCUCAUCCCUGAGACCAGUGGUGUUCCUCUUGAGAAGGUCGACCGCCUGUUCGAUUGCAAGCCCGUCUGGAGAGCGAACAAGAUACUCAAGGCCGCCCUUGCGGAAGAGGAGGAGCAGUUCCGCUACGAGGUCAAGGAGGCAUCGUACCAUGAGGAAAACACUGGUUCGAUAGCUCCUACGCCUUGA